AUGCCACAAACACCAAAUACAGGCCGCGAGGCCUGCGAUGCCGAGCUACAUGAUUUCUUCGACAAAAUGUCGGUACCAUUCGAAUUGGUCACCGAUGAUCAAAUAAAAGCUGCCAGAAAGGGAAUAUCAGAUACUGCGGCCUCUGUUCAGCACAAGUACGAGGUAUAUGGCAAGUUGGAUCACAAACUUAUUAAAUUGAAGGAUACGAAUAAAGAGCCCUUCGAACUGUCCGUAUUCACUCCCAAAGACAAACCUGCGCCCGCUGGUGGUCGUCCUUGCCUGUACUUUAUACAUGGCGGUGGGUUCGUUACCAAUAACCAGUAUUCUGGAAUUGAUUCGAUCUUUCCAUGCAUCGCUGAUCUAAAUGCGGUCUGUGUCUCCAUAAACUACAACCUUGCACCAGAGUCUAUUGCCCCUAAUCAAAUGGAACAAUGCUACCAGGGACUGGUGGAGUUUUGGAACAGAUACAAAGAUGCUGGCAAAAUCAACUUCGACAGAUUGGCUGUCAUUGGACGGUCUGCUGGUGCAGCCUUGCUGGUUGGACUGAAUCUCAAGAUUCGUGAGCGAACAAAGAUCAAUAUAAAGUGCAAUAUAAUGUCUUUUCCCAUGUUGGACGACGUAUGUGCUACGGAAUCACACAAGCUAUUUAAGAAAUCACCGUUCCUACCGAGCAAAACUGUCAAAGCUUGCUGGAAAUAUUGUUUAAAAAUACCCAGGAAGAGUACAAAAUACACCGUUCCGGCGAAAGCAACGACAGAAGAUUUGAAAAAUUUCCCAGAGACUUUGGUGGAAAUAGCAGAAGCGGACGUCCUACGUGAUGAAGGCAGCGAGUUUGCCGCAAAGCUUAAAUCUGCUGGAGUUCGUGUGGCUUGCAACAAAUUCGCAGGCUUUCAUUGUUUUGAUGGAGGCGCCGGAGGUACAAAGAUUGGUCAAAAUGUCAAGCAGAUGCGUCUGGAAUUCUUGAAGAAACAGAUGGCAUGA